AAGCGGCAGAAAGAUCUUCCGUAUUUGCAAGCUGGAAAACAGGAUGCCAGUAAACGGAGUAACUCUAGCGAUGAAGCGUUGGACAUGGAGGAUUGUAGGAGACCUAGAAGCGAAUCGAGCACAGGAGCUGAAGACAUGAAUGCGACACACAUCGCAGUCUCUUAUCUGGAGAAACAUUAUCCUCAAUAUAAAACGAAACAUAGACCAUUUUCGUGGAUGUGGUUGAAAAUGUGGUGCAUCGCGUGGUGGCACAGUGGCCGCGAGGACGAUGACGAAGAGGAGGACAUCGAAGGGGCCGAGAGUAGUCGCACAGGCCAUGCCUAUGACGAAGCUAUAACACCGUUAUCAGUGGAAACCCCUCUUACUGGUACGGUCUCUCGAUCUGCCUCUCUAAGUGGGAUCCAUCCUACCACGUUAACAGUUGAAAAAGCCAUCAGUAUCGCUGAUAACCACGAUUACAAAAAAACUGGGAAAACAGGCGAAUUGACGACAAAAAGCAUCUCCAGUGAUUCUGUUUACACGAUUUUAAUCCGGCUUCCGACAAGAGAUACCAGUGGCAUAGGAAAGUAUACAGAGGGCCCAAGCAUAAAAAUGUAUCACGACGAAGCAGUGAGCCCUUCGAUGAUCACCAGAAGACCAUCUCACAUGCCCGACAUAGGGAUUCCCCUGAACACGAAAACCAUUCCUAAGGCGUUGGGGAGCAAACCGGCCGCGAACAAAACGACGAACAAGAAGAAAAAGAAGUUGCAGGAAAAGAAGGCGGACCGUAAAGCGGCGAAGACUUUAUCGGCCAUCUUGUUGGCAUUCAUCAUCACUUGGACACCGUACAAUAUUCUCGUUCUAAUAAAAUCCAUCACAGCCUGCUCUUGGUACAUCCCGCAAGAGCUCUGGGACUUUUUCUAUUACCUUUGUUAUAUCAACAGUACUGUGAAUCCAAUGUGUUACGCCCUGUGCAAUGCGGCAUUCCGACGAACAUACAACCGUACAAAGGAGAGAUGAAAAGGGGAGUAUAUAACAGGCACGUACGCGACACAGUGCCAAAUUUGUGACUCGAUUUAAGCGGCAAUCGUGCGAUGGAACCAGAGACAUUGGCUUGCCGCAGAUCGAGUCUUUUUUUCUAUAGUUCGUGAAACAAAAUCAGUUUCUGCGAAAACGUUACUGCAAGACGUAAUCUAUCCGAUCAUACGAAAAUACAUGGAAUAAACGAAGCAUCGUUAUUAAAUAAAUUUAAUCAUUAAUUCCGAAUUAAAUCAAAAUCAUUUUUGGUCGGCAAAUAUACAUAUAUACAUAUAUAUAAAUAACGAGUGAAACUAUUUAAUAUUUUCAAACGUAGAAGCAUCGAUAUAUAGACAGAGAAGGAUGAGAAAUUUUCGUCUGACAUAAAUUUUCAAUUUAACAGAAUAAAACGUUUAAGAAACUGAUUAAAUUUCGCGAACCUCCUACAAAGCUAUACCGCACAAAGAACGAAAUCUAUUCGAAUUCUAAGGAAAAGUUAAUAAACAGGCAUUUCUCGUGCGUUUUAUUCGAGGAACAACGCACUCGAUGUACAUUUUAAAUAGUAGUCCAGUUGUAAAUGAGUGUUUUAAGUGUAAUUAGUUAUGGAGAAAAACCAAGCGCUAUUAUAAAUAGAGAGUGUAUCACAACUAUAAUGGCAACAAAGUGGAUAAAAACAGCGCUGCAUCGAUUCUUUCGUGUUAAGAAAUGUUCUCACACUUUCGUAUUAAAUAACAUUCUAAUCAC